UUGUCUUUCUUUCUUUGGAAUUUGGUUUCGUAAGUGAGCUUGGUUCAACUGUAUGUAAUUGAGUAAUUUACCGUGUUUCUGUUGAAAAAUAAAUACAGUGAAAUAGUUUAAUAAUUUUUAUAAUGUGUAAAGUGCCUUUUUACCAUGUCAAUAAUAAUGGUUUUAUAAAAUAGUGAAACAGUGUUUUAGUAUAACAAGGACGAAAACAGCUCGAUAGUGCAGCCCAAAAUGGCUGCUGUUAAUAAAAUACAAAAUUUGAAGUUCGACAAAAUAUGUCGGGCUUGCUUGGAAAUAAAAAAGGACAUGAGACCUUUGUUCGAGCAGCUGACUGCCACUAUGUUGAUGGGGAUAUCAAAAGUGCAGGUGGCGGUGGGCGAUGGUCUUCCCUCCCAGCUCUGCCUGCAGUGCGUGCACCAGAUCUCGCGCUGUCACGCGUACAAAGAGCUGGUGGAACGCAAUGACGUCACGCUGCGGGAGUAUGCCAAGCGCCUGGCUGAGGAGGCCGUCAAACGGGAAAGAGAGGAAAAAGAGAAGAUGCUUUCAAUAACGGACCCGACAUACAUGCAGUAUAUGGAGGUGCCCCUAACAAACCCGAAUCAUAUACUCGAAGGGUUCUUCGGCACGCCGGAACAGUCGCAGAACUCCGACGAGUCCACGCUUAAGGACAACUUUGAAAUGGAGAAAACAGAUCAAAUAGCAGAGGCCAAUAAGGAUGACGAAGCAUUAAAUUCCGAUGAGGAGAAGUACCUCCAACUGGUGGUGUUUCAAGCUACGUCCACGGUGUCGCCCGGCAGGCAUGUUUGCAACCUCUGCCAUAAGGAGUUCAAGCACUCGCGCUGGUUGCGACAACACAUGCGCUCUCACACUAACUGGAUAAAGGCGAAUUGCAAGAAGCCCCCGAUGUGUCCUAUAUGCGAGAGGACUUUUAAGGGUCCGGGAAUGUUAAAAAUGCACAUGAGAACCCACGAGGAGCGGCCGCCGAAGCAGCCGACCUGUUCAGUGUGUCAAAGAACAUUCCCCACAAAGACGAUGUUGUACCGCCACCGGCAGACGCAUUUCGAACAGAAGACGCACCAGUGCACGGUGUGUGAGAAGAGGUUUUACAGCGGAUACGCCCUGAGGUCUCACAUGGCGAGGCAUAGGGGAGAAAAGCCGUAUAUAUGCUCCACUUGUAAUAAGAGCUUCUACAAUCCUACGGAUUUGAAGGUUCACUUUCGACUGCACACCGGCGAGAAGCCUCUAAAAUGUUCCGAAUGCAACAAGACUUUCCGGCGGCACUCGACAUUAUGCCAGCAUAUGAAAAAACACCGCGGGAUACGGAACCACGUCUGUACAGUGUGCAACAAGGGGUUCUACGAGGUUUCCAAACUGAAUGCGCAUAUGAGAGUGCAUACUGGCGAGCGUCCAUACGAGUGCCAGUACUGCGAGCGUCGGUUCGCGCAGCAGUCUGCUCUCAUCUACCACCGGCGCACGCACACCGGCGAGAAGCCCUACAGCUGCAAGCUCUGCUCCGCCAGGUUCACCACCUCCUCCGCCAGGAAUAACCAUAUGGUCACCCACACGGGUAACAAGAGGUUCGUGUGCCCGGUGUGCUUCAAGGGCUGCACGUCGCGCACGGAGCUGCGCGUGCACACGUCCAAGCACACGGGCGAGAAGCUGUUCGCCUGCUCCGUGUGCGGCCAGCGCUUCAGCUCGGCGUCCUACCUCGCCGUGCACCGCCGCUACCACACCGGCGAGCGCAAGUACCAGUGCCAGGUCUGCGGGAAAGCGUACAUAGAAUCAAGUUCGUAUAAAAAACACAUGAAGACUCACGAGGUGAAAUCUGAAACGGAAUCAUCGUCGAACUCCGAGAACAGUGCCGAGAAUCAAGCGAAUAAUGGGAAAAUAGACGCCCAGAGUAUACCGGAGCCGCAGACCAGUGUGGCAGUCACCGUCACUGAGGACCAAGUGGAGCCGCAGAAUCAAGUGGCGCUGCCAGGUCAAGUUCACGUGCAAGACGCGCAGACGUUGCAGAUCCAGGGUCAAGGUCACGCGGACAGUCCGCCGCAGCAGCGCCGCUACAAGUGCGGACUCUGCGUGAAGACUUACAUGUACCUGCACAGCCUCAAGAAGCACAUGAUGACGCAUGUCCAGCAACAACAACAGCAGCAGCAGCAGCAGCAACAACAGCAACAACAAGUUCAACAGCAACAAACGCAACAAGUGCAGCAACAGCAACAGUUGCAGCAACAACAGGUGCAACAGCAGCAAGUGCAAGUUCAGCAGCAACAAGUGCAACACCACCAACAGUUGCAGCAACAGCAGGCAGUGUUGCAAGUGGGGAGCGUGCAACAGUUAGCCGUGCCGAUACACGCGCAUCACGUGCAACAAGGAAUUGUGCAGACUGGCCAACACUCGUACCCGGUGAUAUCAUCAGUACAGUCGCUUCAGCUGCAACAAACUCAACAGCAACAACCGCAGCAACUGCAAGUUCAAACGAUACAAAUACAUCCACAACAUCAACCCAUACAGAUACACGCGGUGGGUGUCCAGCAAGUGCAACAGCAACAAUUGCACGUCGCCACUUCCACAUGUCAGACCAUGUUGCCUAAUAUUUUGCAGCUCCAGCCCGCCACAGUGGCAGUGUCAGGUCUGGGACAGCAAGAGUUAGGCGGCGUGGCGCACCGCAUCAUCCUGCAGCAGCCGCCUUCACACCCGCACGUCUACAUACAUCACUGAGAACGGCACUGCUGGCCGCGGUUACACUGGCAGUGACACUGGGUCUGACAACGGGACCCGGCUUGCAUUGGCCCCACUGGCUCCAAUGGAACGGCUCGAGUCAAGUUCCAGGCGGCUGGCACAGAUUACUUACCAAGGGCCUGUUUCACACUCAUAUAGUACUCAUAAUAUGACCAUUUAUUUGGGAGUUUAGUUGAGAGUGAUCUGUAUUAAUUAUUGUCACAUUUUAAUAAUUGAUCUCAAUCUCUCAAGAUAGAACCUUGUAAUUGCUCAUGAAAAUAGAUCAAUUAGAUACCUCUCUUACAUCCGUUUACAAUAAACGAUUCCAAUCUCAAUCUUCAAUCCGAUUCUAAGAAUGAACCAAUAAAAAGUCUUGCAAGCAUGUCAAAAAUAACUUUGGUCUGAUUGGUCCUUUUAUGUUAUUGAAAAAAGCGUUUGGGAUCGUUUAUAGGAAAUGACGGUAAGCAUUUUUUUUAUUGGUUCAUUCUAUCGAAUUGCAGGUAGUGUUCUGGAUCUUUCUAUUAGGCAAUUUAUUUUACGUACCAAAGUCGGGUUGAAUACAAUAUUUUGAGUCAUAGAUUGAAUUUGUAAUGGCUUCCACAGCGAGUGCCGACCGUUGACCACAAUACCACAAAUAGUAAAUAGUUGGAAAAGUGAUCUUAUGAUUAGCAAGUUAGGAUUAGUUUUGUGAUUUACAGGAAUAUCAAUUAUUUAUACAAAACCAUUUAACACUUUGUCAUUUAGUUAUUUAGGCCUUUUUCUGUUAUGUAUAGUCUUUUUGUUCUUUACGUGUUUGAAUAAAUAAAUAUUUAUAUACAA